AAAACCUCACUCUCCGCCGACAAAGGAGCUCUGUACUAAAAGCCUAAACAAAAAUCCAAAUUUUUCACUCCACAAAUCAAAUUUCUUGGAAAAAAUGGAAAAUUUGUCAUUAUUAUUGUUUCCCAUAUCUGCAUUUCCAUAAUUUAUUCAUCAAUCUUAUCUUAACCAAUUUAAAAAUCUCUGCAAUUACUGAAUGUGACCCCAUUAAUGGUGGUUGGAUAAACUUUGUCCGCAACCCAAGAAACCAGUUCUCCCAAAAUCCUCUCUCUUUCUGUUCUUUCCCUCCCUCUUCAAAAACCCAGAACAAAAGUUUGGAUCUUUGGAGUUUGCAGGAACAAAAAUGUCAAAAAAACCAGAGGACUCGAAAAAACCAGAUGAAGUGUUCAUUGGGUCGAUUGACCAAGGCACCACCAGCACCAGAUUCAUAAUCUACGACCGUUCGGCCCGCGCAAUUGGCUCCCACCAGGUCGAGUUCACUCAGUUCUACCCGGAAGCCGGGUGGGUUGAGCAUGAUGCGAUGGAGAUAUUGGAGAGUGUGAGAGUUUGCAUGGCGAAGGCUCUCGACAAGGCCACAGCUGAUGGGCACAACGUGGACAGUGGGCUCAAGGCUAUAGGGUUGACCAAUCAGAGAGAGACAACUCUGGUUUGGAGCAAGUCCACUGGAUGCCCUCUCUACAAUGCUAUUGUUUGGAUGGAUGUCCGUACCAGUUCUAUUUGCAGAAAAUUGGAGAAAGAAUUAUCCGGGGGAAGAACUCAUUUUGCGGAAACAUGCGGUUUGCCCAUAAGCACGUAUUUCAGUGCAUUGAAGCUGCUCUGGUUGUUGGAAAAUGUGGAUAAUGUGAAAGAAGCUGUGCAAUCAGGGGAUGCUCUCUUUGGAACCAUAGACACUUGGUUAAUCUGGAAUUUAACCGGUGGUGUCAAGGGAGGGAUACAUGUCACUGAUGUCUCAAAUGCAUCGCGGACUAUGCUUAUGAAUCUCAAGACCCUUGAGUGGGAUAGUACCAUAUUGAAAACCUUAAGAAUUCCAGCUGAAAUUCUUCCCAAAAUUGUCAGUAACUCUGAGAUUAUUGGAAAAAUUAACACAGGAUGGCCAAUUACUGGAAUCCCAAUCUCUGGAUGUCUCGGUGAUCAACAUGCAGCAAUGUUAGGGCAAGCUUGCAGGAGAGGAGAGGCCAAAAGCACUUAUGGGACGGGCGCUUUCAUUCUUCUCAACACUGGUGAAGAGAUAAUCCAGUCAACGCAUGGGCUUCUAAGCACUAUGGCAUUCAAACUUGGCCCUAAAGCUUCGACAAAUUAUGCCCUAGAGGGAUCGAUUGCUAUUGCUGGAGCUGCGGUUCAGUGGCUUAGAGACGGUCUUGGGAUCAUUAAGAGCGCGAGUGAGAUUGAAGAUUUGGCUUUACAGGUUGAGUCCACUGGUGGGGUUUAUUUUGUGCCUGCCUUUAAUGGAUUAUUUGCUCCAUGGUGGCGUGAUGAUGCUCGUGGGGUUUGUAUUGGUAUUACAAGGUUUACAAACAAGGCUCACAUUUGUCGAGCAGUGCUUGAGAGUAUGUGCUUCCAGGUCAAAGAUGUACUGGAUUCAAUGCACAAAGAUGCAGGGGAGAAGGGAGAGGUUAAGAACGAGAAGGGAGAGUUCCUGCUCAGAGUGGAUGGUGGUGCUACUGUUAAUACCCUUCUAAUGCAGAUUCAGGCGGACCUGUUGGGGAGCCCAGUGGUCAGACCAGCUGACAUCGAGACAACAGCUCUUGGAGCAGCCUAUGCUGCUGGAUUAGCCGUUGGUGUUUGGAGCGAAAAGGAGAUUUUCGCUAGUGAAGAGAGGACCAAGACUUCCACCAUUUUCCGUCCAAAAUUAGAUGAAGAGUUGAGGAAGAAGAAGCUGGAAUCCUGGUUCAAGGCUAUAUCAAGAACUUUUGACUUGGCUGAUCUUUCGCUUUGAUGAAUGUCUUGCCCCUGAAAAUCUGCUGUUGACGAUAUAUGGUUCGUUGGUUGAUACGUUCUUCCAUGUCCCUCCCAGUCGGCACGUUCAGAAUUUGAUUUGCUCAAAGCCAUCCGAUACUUUCUACUAGCAAUAAUGUCAUAGUUUGGCUUCAAAGUGGUGAACCGCAUUUAAUGUUUCUUAGUUAAUACAGUAAUGUGAUAUGUACACAAAUUUCAGACACAACAAAGAAGAAUAUUUUCAAAAUCUCCUUUCGGACAUUGCAUUUAAUUUCCAGAGAAUAAAAAGCAGUCAUUAGUCUCAAAA